AUGAAGCCAAUAGCUUACCCUGCUUUCUCCAUUUGCCUGGCUCUCAUUUUGGCCAGAUUCCUUGGCAUACACAUCAGUUUUGUGAGAAGUCAGAAGAACCACACACUAAUUUUCACUAAGGAAAACACAAUUCGCAACUGCAGCUGUUCCGUGGCUAUCCAUGACUGUGAUUACUGCCUGGCAAACCUGAUGUGCAACUGCAAAACAGUGCUGCCUUCUACAAUGGAAAAAACUACCUACAACAACCACCUGACCAUCUGGUUCACAGACACCUCUGGGCUGGAGAUAGUCCUCAACUUCACAAGGGUGUGGGAUUUGAAGCUGUCCUUCUGUGGCACCACUCCUCUCCCAACGGAAUAUUUGGCCAUUUGGGGACUUAGAAAGCUCCGGGUAAACAAGGUCAAGGGACAAUUUCCAGAGCAGAGCGUAACCAUCUCCAGCAGCAGCAACAAUGGCAAAGACUUGCUUGAGGUACACAAAAAAGACAAGCAAAUGCUUGCACAUAUUUCUUUUCUGGAUACCUCACUUUUCAAUGGAUAUUCAUUGCUGAAGUCAUACAGUGUGGAAAACAUCUCUAGUAUUAUGAAGCACUUUCCCAGCCUGCUGUACUUUGAUGUUUUCUCUACUUCAGACAAUGAGAGCUAUGUUGUAACAUUCAUUUACUGA